AUGAGCAUUGAAAUAACAUCCCAAGACUUGGAGUUUGAUCGGAAGCAUAUCUGGCACCCUUACAGCUCCCUUACAAACCCAUUGAAGGUUUAUCCUGUCACCAGCGCGGACGGAGUUUAUCUUCAUUUGCAAGAUGGCCGCAAAAUCGUAGAUGGUAUGGCCAGCUGGUGGUGCGUACAACAUGGCUACAACAAUCCGAGACUGAAUGAAGCUGCUACAAAGCAAUUGGGAUUAGUAUCCCACGUCAUGUUUGGUGGUAUUGUGCACAAGCCUGCCGUCGACCUGUGCAAGUCACUGGUAAACAUGCUUCCCGAUUCUUUGGAGUGUGUUGUCUUGGCAGACUCUGGUUCCAUUUCCAUCGAUGUUGGGAUGAAAAUGGCUCUUCAGUACUACAAUGCCAUAGGAAAGCCCUCCAAGCACAAAUUUUUGACCAUUGAACGGGGAUUUCACGGCGAUGCUUUUGGCGCACUGUCUGUUUGUGAUCCUAACAACUCAAUGCACAAGCUAUACGGUGGAUUUGUUCCUCAGAACUUGUUUAGUAAAGCUCCGGAGGUUUACUUCCAUAACAAGGAUCCCAACGUUGAGCAGCUGGUCGAGGAGCUUGACGUCGCCCCCUUUGCUAAAUUGAUCAAAGAAAAUCAUGAGUCACUGGCUGGGGUUGUGAUGGAAUCAAUGGUUCAAGGUGCAGGUGGAUUGCGCAUUUAUCAUCCACACUUUUUGAAGCGUGUCAGAGAAUUAUGUGACGAGUACGACGUUCUACUUAUCCUAGAUGAGAUUGCUACCGGAUUGGGGAGAACAGGCAAACUAUUUGCUUUCGAACACGCUAAUAUAGUACCUGAUAUCAUCUGUCUAGGUAAGGCCCUUACUGGGGGCUAUUUGACUCUUUCCGCGACAGUUAGCACCAGAAUUGUUAGCGAAAAAAUCUGUGAAGGCCCGGCAGGUAGACUAAUGCAUGGUCAGACGUUCAUGGGAAAUCCGUUAGCGUGUGCAGUGGCAAAUGAGAAUUUGGCCAUUUUGGCAGAGGGAACGUGGAAAACACAAGUCAGCAGAAUCGAAAAACAAUUUUUUGAAGAGCUAGCUCCGCUCGCAAAACACCCUAAUGUUGCAGAAGUGAGAAUUUUGGGUGCUAUAGGAAUUGUGGAAGUCAAUAAAUUUCCUGUCAGAGUGGAAGAGCUACAAAAACGAUUUAUUGAAGCAGGCGCAUGGAUUAGGCCAUUUAACAAGUGGAUCUAUGUGUACCCCAUUUACACCACGACUUCCGAUGAAUUGAGAGUGCUGAUUAACGCGAUCGCAUCAGUCUUGGACGACCUAUAA